ACAAGAAUUGGAAAUUUUUGUGCGCGAAAAUUCUCAAUAUUGUGCUUAUAUAAACUCUGUUAAGAUGUGUGCUUAUUCACUCAACCAUAUCUCUUGUAUGUUUUAACACAUAUAAUUCCUAUAUCAUUACGAUGGCUUUCAAUUUUUGCUUCAAAAUUAGUCUUGUUCUUUUUUUCAUUAUUAAUCUAUAUGUCUCUACAGUAACCUCACGUGACCUGAAAAAAUUAUCCAUGCUUGAAAGGCAUGAAAAAUGGAUGGCUCGUCAUGGUCGUGUAUACAAAGAUGAGAUAGAAAAGGAACAGCGCUUCAAAACGUUUAAGGAAAACGUUGAGUUCAUUGAAUCAUUCAACCAGAAUGGAACACAGCGUUAUAAGCUAGCCAUCAAUAAAUAUACUGAUCUCACCAAUGAGGAAUUUAUGGCAUUAUUUACAGGGCUUGACACGUCAUUAUCCCAACAAAAAUCAACUGCUACAACAUCAUCCUUUAAAUAUGAAAGCCUGACUGAAGUUCCACUUAGUAUGGACUGGCGAAACGGCAGUGUCACUGGAAUCAAGGAUCAAGGUCAAUGUGAAUGUUGUUGGGCAUUUUCUGCGGUGGCAGCUAUAGAAGGAGCAUAUCAAAUUGCAAACAAUAAACUUAUUUCACUUUCGGAGCAACAACUGCUGGAUUGCAGCACAGAGAAUAAGGGUUGUAAGGGUGGACUAAUGACUCUAGCCUACGAUUUCUUACUUCAAAACGGCGGUGGCAUCACCACGGAGACUAAUUAUCCUUACCAACAAUCUCAAAGUAUUUGCAGCACUCAGAAAAUAUCCUCAACUGCAGCAGUGACAAUCAGUGGUUACGAACUAGUACCGCCAAGCGAGUCAUCAUUAUUGAAAGCUGUAGCUAAUCAACCAAUAUCUGUUUGUAUUGCUGCUAGCCACGAAUUUCUUAUGUAUGGAAGUGGUAUAUAUGAUGGAAGUUGCGACCCGGAGUUGAACCAUGCAGUCACGUUGAUAGGAUAUGGGGCAGGUGUAAAUGGUACAAAAUAUUGGCUAGUGAAGAAUUCAUGGGGGACUAGUUGGGGUGAGGAAGGAUAUAUGAGAAUUGCUAGAGAUGUUGGAGUUGAUGGUGGCCAUUGUGGCAUUGCCAGUGCGGCUUCUUUCCCAACUGUUUGAAUUGUUUUACAAAAGGCAGGCAUUGUUAUUAGUAAUAUUAUGUUGAAGAAAUUACGAAGACUAUAGCUAGUAAUUCGUGAAACCAGAAUAAGAGCCCGUUUGGAUUGGCUUAUAAGUUGUUUAUAAGCUGUUUUCAGCUUUUUUUGAGUG